AUGGCUGGAAGAGGAGGCAGAGGGAGGGGUCGGAGCCAGAUGACCUUCAGCGUGGAAGCUGUGGGCAUUGGGAAAGGCGACUCGCUGCCCCCAUCCACCCUCCAGCCCUCGCCGCUCUUCCCUCCCAUGGAGUACAAGCCAGUCCCUCUGCAGACGGGUGAGGAGGUGGAAUACAUGCUGGCACUGAAGCAAGAGCUCAGGGGAGCCAUGAAGAACCUGCCAUAUUAUGUCAAGCCGGCCGCCCCCAAGAAAGAUGUUGAGCGCUACUCAGAUAAAUAUCAGAUGUCGGGCCCCAUUGAUAAUGCUAUUGACUGGAACCCAGAUUGGCGGCGUUUACCGCGGGAGCUAAAGAUCCGAGUUCGAAAGCUCCGGAAGGAGAGAACCACCAUUCUGAUCCCCAAGCACAAACAGCGGCUCCCGGUGGACAAGGAGGAAGCCAUUAAGAAACUGGAGACCCUUGAGAAGAAGGAGGAGGAAGUGACGUCGGAGGAAGAAGGGGAGAAGGAGGAGGAGGAGGAGGGCAAGGAAGAGGAGGAAGAGGAGUAUGACGAGGAGGAACACGAAGAGGAGACGGAUUACAUCAUGUCCUACUUCGACAACGGGGAGGAGUUUGGGGCCGACAGUGAUGACAACAUGGACGAGGCGAUAUACUGA